AUGGAAAUCUUCGUCUUUCUGUUUCCUCAGUUCGACUCAACCGCCCCCAAGGAGGAAGUGCAUUUCAAAAUGCUCGGCGAGACGGUGUGGCGUGCCACCAAAAUGAAACACGGCAGCUCAAGCAGUAACAAAGACAAAGAAAAGGACAAAGACAAAAAGAGUCGACUCAGCGUGCUGAUGACCAAAUCCGGCUCGCAUGAAAACGUCAGUCAGGACAAAAACUCACCCGCUAAUAGUAACCACGUUCCACCUGACGUCGCUCUGAUAUGGAGCGAUUCGUUUGAAGAGCUGCUGGCACAUCCAGAUGGAGUGGAGACCUUCACGCAGUUCCUUCGCUCCCAGUUCAGCGAGGAGAACAUCGAGUUCUGGUUAGCAUGUGAGGAGUACAAGACCACGUCCGCUUCCAAUCUGCAGUCCAAGGCCAAGCAAAUGUACGCCGUGUUCAUCGACGCCGACGCGCCUAAAGAGAUAAACAUCGACCACUCGACCCGACAGGCCAUUCAGACGAACAUCGCAAAGCCGACCGUGUCGUGUUUCGAUGCUGCGCAGAGUAAAAUUUACGCUCUGAUGAAGAAGGACUGCUACCCGCGCUUCCUCGGCUCUGACCUCUACCUCAGCCUGACCAAGAGAAAAGCGCCACCGGCCAUGACCAGGAGAAGGUCCAGAUCCUUCGUCUUCAGCGACCGUGAGGAUGCCGCCGCCUGGAUGUGAAGCCGCGGUUUGGGCUGCAGUGAUUUACAGUCUUUGCUUUGCUAAACUCCUGAUAGAAACGCAUUAGGAAUGGAAUCAGGGGAAAUUAUUUACACUAUCUGGCCAAAAGUUUGUAGAUACCCCUUCAAAUCAUUACAUCAAAGCCACACCCUUUGCUAGCGGGUUAUAAAAUAUUUUUUUUUUUUUUAUAUAUAUAUAUAUAUAUUUCAUGCUUUCAAGAUUGUAGCAGAAGUUUGGGGAAGGGCCUGUCCUGUUCCAGUAUGAUUAUUUAUGCCCCUCUAUACUGCAGGGGCAUAAAUAAUGGGUAGUUUGCAAAUUCAGGCUCAUGAGGGACAGUUUAACCGUUUUUCGGUACAUGGAGGGAGACGUUAGCUGGCAUGUUAGCGGGUUGUGCCGCCUCAGCUCGUCGGUUUGAACGGCCCGAGGCUAACUGUGUUAGCUUAGUAAGCUAAAUCGCCAUAAUACCUGCCUAAGUAGUGUGUCUAAAUAAUGUGCCUCAUGAGUCCGAUGUCUUAUUAGAACCCUCUCUACUGAGGCAGCUGAUCAGGUGGGCAGUAGGCAGCAAGGCAGCUCACUAGGUUUUUGGACAGACCCCGUGUUUUGCAAAACUGAGAUCACACUUUGUGAUGUCAUAAUGUACACGGUCCGCAUAAAAUCAGCUAUAAAACGACUUCAGCUGUGUUUUUCCGGUUCGCAUUUGCCACAGUUGCACUGCGUAAAUUAUUUAUAAGCAUUAUUGUUUAGCCUAAGAAUUACUACUAAGCUCUGACUACAAGAUUCAAAUCCUUUCAUGUUGUAAAUUGUACAUAAAGCUAAAAUUGUGUCAUAAAUCGGUGUAUAAUAAAAAUGUGCCUUGAUAAUAAA